UAACUAACCCCUUUUAGCUGUCAUAGAGAAUUGAGCCGUUAGAGCAUUUGGACGCGAAAUGGGUAAUUCAAUUGAGAGCAACGUGGGCAGCGAGAAACCAGUGGCCGUGGUGAAUCCUCUGCCAGCGACGGAAUCUUGCGAGUCGGAGCAGGAGACGGAUUCAUUUCCCAAGACAAAUUUGGGCGUACAAUUAUUUCAAUAUCGCCAGCAAAUAAGCCUUAAGCAACAUCAAGUGAUCAAAUGGGCCACAUCCAAGCUGCUUCUAACCGAGGAGCUGCUCAAGCAGCAACAAGAAAGAGAGCAACAGCAGCAGCAGCAGGGUCAACAACAACAAGAACAACAGCUAACUGGAGAUGCUGCUUGGGCAGCAAGCCAAUUGGCCAUGCUAACCGAUGAUGAGGAUGAUGCAGAGAAUCGAGUACCACACGAUGAGAAUGAUGUCCUGGGCAUUGAGCGUUCCAAUCUCUUGAGCUACAGAUUACAGUUGCGCGACACCAUUAUCGAGAUGGCCCAGGAGAAGCUGCGGAAGCGUGAGAAGACCAAAGUGAAGCGUUUGAAACGUCGCACUCUCAUCUCCUCGAAGAAGCCCAGCAACAAGGACAAGCGUCGCUACUAAACAUAAUUAGUUAAUUAUCAAUCUAAGUUGUAUAUAUAUAUAUAUAUA